AAAGAAACAAGUUUAAUAUAUUUAUUUCAUCAUAGAACAAAUUCGUCUUUCCCUUUGACAAGAUCGAACUUGAGUCCAGGGUGAUCAGCCUUUGCAUGAUAUCGGAGACCAUUUGUAUUUUUGUAUCGUUUUAAGCAGAUUUUACAAAAGAAUGGUUUUGGAGGUUGCAAUGGUGGUGUCAAAAUAGCUGCAUCAGGCACGGACAUGACAGGCACCAUAGAAUGUGGAAUGUGUGGAAGUAAAUCAAAUCCUAGAGUAUCCAUCAUGGAAAAAUGUGGAACAGCUGGUUUGGCUAGGGAAGUUGUGGUCUGGGAUCCAGUAGGCUGUAAUAAACGCGAUUGAGUCUGAAAUGGUAAAGGCAAUGGAGAUGAUGGAGUAGAUGGGUUCGGGGUUGGCAUACAUACACCUCCAGCCAGUGGAAUGGAUGCAUUUGGAUCUGCGAGGAUUGGAUCUAGAAAAGCGGACAUGCUGGUACCAGCCAAAUUCAUGCCCAUUGGCGGAAAGACCAUGUUCAUUGGUGGAUUUUGAAAAGACAGUGACUGAGGCAUGCCAGAAAAUCCAAUAGCUUGCAAGGGAAUUAUGCCUUGGGCCGUAGGCAUAACGAUUGGUAGUCCCAUAUGAGUUUCACUAUCUCCAGCAGCUCUGACAAGAUCGUCUGGAAAACUGCAGAUUCCUUUUUGAAUAUGAUAUUUGAGUCCAUUACGAUUCUUGUACACCUGGAUUUGCAUAGC